UGUGUAUCUCCCUCCCUCGUGUGCAGCGCCGGCUCCUAGCACAGUCUGUCACCGCAUUCGUUAUAUUCUUGUACGCUGUCUGGUCACAAAUUUCACGGUUCCUUCUGCUUCUUGUUCUUUGUAAUCUUUAACAAGAGAGAAGUGCUGAGGGAAGGAGGAAACGUUUUAGAAACGUACAACACAGUUUCCGCGUGCAGACGACCAUGCCCGAAGCGGAGGAAAUUAGCACGCUCUCCCCUGAGUUGCAGCGCCUCGCAAGGGAGGAGCUGAACGAGGACCCGAAGCGCCGCGAAAAGGACAUCCAGGCAGUGCGGGAGUGGCUCCUGAAGCAGCCCCACCUGAAUGCCCGCACAGACCGACAACUGAUCCUGCGGUACCUCCGAGGAUGCAAGUUCUCCCUAGAGCGGACGAAAGCCAAGCUGGACAUGUACUACACGUGCAAGGGGGCCCUCCCGGACAUGUUCAAGGGCAGAGAUCCUCAAAACCCGAAACUAAGGAGCAUCAUCAAGCUAGGGCUGAUGUUCCCAUUACCCGGCUACGACUCCGACGGCCGGAAGGUCAUCUUCGGGCGGCUGGGCGCUUGGGAUCCCUCAAAGCACAAGCCCGAGGACCUCUUCAAGGCGGCCGGCAUGCUCUUCGACGUUAUGUUCCUCGAGGACGAGCAGAUGACGGUCACGGGCAUCGUCCAGGCCAACGACAUGACGGGACUCACGCUCAAACACGUGGCCGCGCUUCCGCUGCCCCUCAUCAAGCGGGUCUCGACCACCUGGCAGGAAGGUUACCCCUUCCGACCCAAGGGUGUUCACUACAUUAACACUCCGCAGGCAUUCGAUGCUCUGUUCAGUCUCUUUAAGCCUUUGAUGCGGGAGAAAAUGAAGAAGAGAAUCCACAUGCAUGGCAGUAACAUUGACGGAAUGUGCAAGUUCUUCCCCCGUGAGAUGCUGCCGUCGGAAUACGGGGGGUCGGCGGGAACCGUACAGGAAAUUGCAGACCUGUGGCUUCGGAAGAUGGACGACUACCGCGCCUGGUUCCUGGAGGACGAGCGGCACACGGCGGAUGAAUCGAGACGCCCCGGCAAGCCCAAGACGACGGCGGAUCUCUUCGGCACCGAGGGCUCCUUCAGGAAACUCGACUUUGACUGAAAUCCUCCUCGGCCUUUCGGUUCCCUAAGUUAACUUAUUGUAAUCUCUCCAUGCAGAGCGCUGUCCCGUGUGCGUGUGUGUAUAGUUAUGUAUACGUGGGGUAAAUGUGUAUACAUGUGUGUAUAAGUGAGCAUCCUUGUGUAAGUGUGUAUAUAUACGUGUGUAAGGGUAGGGGUUGACAGGGAAGUGGAGUGUGUGCGGGUGUUAACUGAGUGAGCAUGGAGACGGGAGAAGGGAUAGGGAGAGAUGAAACAGAUGGGGAGAGAAUGACAGAGAAGGGUGAAUUGGAAAGAAAAAGAGGGAGAGGAAAUGUCGGUGGGGGUGAAAAUGACUGAGGGGGAUGAGAGUGAGGAGAGAGUGUUAGGAUAACAGAGGGAUUAAGAGCGAUAGUGAGUGAGUGAGUGAGUGAGUGAGUGAGUGAGUGAGUGAGUGAGUGAGUGAGUGAGUGAGUGAGUGAGUGAGUGAGUGAGUGAGUGAGUGAGUGAGUGAGUGCGCGCGCGCGCGCGCGCGAGAGAGAGAGAGAGAGAGAGAGAGAGAGAGAGAGAGAGAGAGAGAGAGAGAGAGAGAGAGAGAGAGAGAGAGAGAGAGAGAGAGAGAGAGACUUACGGCAACAGAACAACAUAAAAAGGACUCGUUUUCGUGGAACGUUAGCACCGAAAACACCGUCCUUAAGCUCUCUAUUACAGUUGCAACUGACACAUUAAUCGGUUAAGUUGCACAACUAUUUUGGAUAUUGACUUGUGUUUAAUGUAGUUUUAAACAAACUUUUGUUCAAUUUGCAUUUUCAUUCUUUUGCUUUAUGAAUUGAUAUUAUAACACAGCAUUCAAGAUUAUAUAUUUCAAAAAACAGGUUAUGAUGGAACACAAGUCAAGUUGUGACGUAUCGAAUGAACUGAUUAUAUUUUAAUGCAACAGCCACGUCGAAUAUCAUUUCAAAAGUUUACGUUCCGAUUUUUAAUUUCGAACUGGUGUUUCGAGGCGUAAGGUUUGUGUCUGCUGUUUUCUUCUGUAUCUCCAAGUUAGUUUAAUCAUUAAUAUUUAUGUAAUCUGUGUAUGUAACUUGUAGUGCAUGAGGAUGUGUAUGAAAUGUGAUCUUUGUAAAUCUCUGUAUUUUUCAAUAUAUAACAUUAUGCAGUA